ACUGUCCGAAGUAAUUUUCAAUUCGGAGAAGACCGUCGUAGAACACUUCUUCAACCGAUCUAUUAGAAUUUUUCACGGGAAAUAUGGCGAUAAUCAAGUUACUCAUCGUGGUCAUGUCAUUGGCCAUGGCCAUCGCCAUCGAUCUGCCAAGCAAUUGGAAGGUAUGUAGCAGAUCGUUGCCAGAAGAACAGCUUACCGAAUGCCUAGACGAGGCUGUUACAGAUGCUGUCAUUUCAUUGGCUGGAGGCUUGAGGAGUUUAAGAAUUUUGCCGAUUGAACCAUUGGCAGUGGACAGCGUCAGUAUCGGAGAAGCAGAAGGAUCGGUUACUUUGAGGCAGGAAUAUAAGAAUAUUAAGUUACAUGGCCUUACGAAGGGUGUUAGGAUCUACAAUCAUCAUUUAACUCUGGAUAAUGGAUGUUUAUUGACGUCCGAUACGAUCCAUCCUCAAGUAGACUUCGUCGCCAAUUACAAGAUCGAUGGAAAAGUGUUACUCUUGCCUGUCAAAGGAUCUGGAAGAUCAAACAUCACCAUGUAUAACUUGAAAUCGCAUAACGAAAUAUCCUGCGAGAAGUAUGAAAAGAACGGAGAGACUUACUUGAAAAUCAAGAAAUACGGAGUGACACUCAAUCCUGCUCAAAUCAGCUUACAGUUCGACAACCUCUUCAAUGGUGACAAGACACUAGGACCACAAUUAAACAACUUCAUCAAUGAAAAUGCCGAGUUGCUUUUCAAGGAACUCAAGGCCCCCUACGAGGAAACUUUCAGUCAAGUUUUCACUCAACUCAGCAACGACGUGUUUAGUCGCGUGCCACUGAACAAAAUCUUCCCGCUGUAGUAAAUUACUAAGAGUUUCCAUCAUUCUAUUUGAUGUCUUUAUUCUUCCGUGUAAAAAAGUGCAAAGAAAAAUUAUGCGACUAUGCCAAAAAUGUUGUAUGUGUAAAAAUGUUUAGAACAUGUAACAAUGUGUUUGAAUAUUUUUUUUUUCUUAAUAAAAGAAAAUUUUUACUGAUUUUCAUA